CGCACAGACUCUUCUACGUGUUGUAGUCACGGAUCACGAGUCAGUGUGAGUCUUUCCAAGAGUCUCUCUGCGGCGGACAUCAGGUAUCGAUGCAGCCUCUUGACUAUACGGUGCUCAACAGAGGUCAAUAUCCCUCUUUGCGGCUUUUUAUUGUCCGCGGCCAACGCACCGUCUAGCAUGAGCGACUCGCCGGCCGUAAUCGUCAGCACUUGAGAUUCCACUGCUUGUCGCUCGUCUUCCACUUCACGAGCAUGGUGUUGGCCAGCCCAGGAGUCAAAGGCAGUAGCAGCACCGUUUGCUGCGCUCUCUGGCAAUAGCGUUGUCGCGAAACAUGCUUUUGCCGACAAUCACCUCAGCAGUGUGCUUCGCGUUGCUCUCUGUGGCGCUCUAUCAUCCAUACACACAGCACUUGGCCCUGCAUCACACACAUCACGUGGCACCUUCCUUCCCUACGAACAAGCCCAAAUGCGACCUGCAACCCGAGCCAAGACAUUGUAUAGACGUCGUUGUCCACCAAUCAUCUCGGCUUGCCUAUCUAAUAUGCGAUGCGGAUCAGGGCACAGGUAGAUGGUCGCCUGCAGAAAGUCGCUGGGAGCACCAAGAGGGUGGAAGCGUCUGGUACUGGGACUACACAAAGUCUGGAGCAAAACCAACUCGCUUACACCUUCACGAUGAUUCGCGAAAAGACACGGGCUUCCACCCGGUAGCCAUUGCCCUUGCCGAUCCACAUCCUGCCGAUCUUGCGAAUCUUCACGAUCCCGAAACGACUGUGCUGUUGGUGUCAAAUCGAGACGAGAAGUUGGAAAACAGUGGUGUCGGCAUCUACGUUCACGAACGAGCUUCUGCUUCACUUCGUCUACAUUCCCGCAUCGAUGCUCAACACCUUGCCAGUCGGAGCCAAGGCGCAGCCUACUCGGCCACGCCAAAUAGGCUCCUCACAGCUGCAACUCAAUGGUCUCCCGCUCUCGAGCCUAAUGUCUCACAAGGCGCUGAUCCAGCCGCGGGGGCUCUUCGACUUCCAAGCUUCUUCUUCCUGCCUGGUAAGCCUGCGGGUGUAUCAAGCCUGCAGUCAAGCGAUCUGUCAAGCAAGCCUAGUUUCUUCAAAUUUGCCCAGUCGUUCUUCAUGGACGGGCCCUUGAACCGCGGUCACAGCGCGGACAUUCAUUUUUUCGCGGCACGCACUCGGACGGUGGAUCAGGUCACUUCCCAGCCUUCUGCCUGGCACCAAGGAAGCGCAGCGCCCCUCUUGGCCGGGUGGGAUGGAGGGGGCGAGUCUAUGGCGCGGAACUCUACAAAUCCUCACAUAUAUGUGGCCAGUGCUGGAAGCGGAACUUCUGGAGUCACGGAGUGGGAGGAGCACUGGGUGCGGGGAAUCGAAGCUGGGAUCCGCGAAUCGGCAGACCCUUAUGUUCCUGCUGCAGACAAGGAGAAGAAGGUGAACAGAUACGUUCCAAGCUACGUCACCCUGUUCGAGCAUCGUCCUACCCUUCCACCUACCGCGCUCUCGGCGGAUAGACUAGGCAGACUCUACCUGGGUGAGAGCUUGGACCCGCCCGUCGUGCUUCGCCGAUGGACCUCUUGGCUGCGCUCCUCUCAGCGGGAUGCAUUAGCCUCAGCACCACCUCGACCACGGGGACAAGUCAGUCAGGUCACUUUCAUACACCGCUGGAGCUCAUUGACAGCUCAUCCGUGGGACACAGGGCGUCUCAGCGAUGCGCGUAAGAAGGGCAUCUUCCUUCCGAAAAAGUACUUCUCUCUUCCGCUGUUCGCUUCUGACAAUUCGGAGCACCAGCGUGCUUGGUCGCCCACGCCGCCUACAGGUGUGGCAGUGGAUCAGGACCUGGCGAAAGUCAUCAUCACGAGUACCUGGGAUGAGCGAGGUGUAGCGAUCUGUGAUCUGCCCAGCUGGGCGGAGCAGAAAACGCGCAGCGGUCCCUGAAUGUGCUACGGCACGACAUAGCCCUGGUACUUAGAAUAUUACAAGUGACUCGCGCUCAUGCAUUCUUUUAGAUAAGAGCAAUAAUCUUGACGUAAUGAUACAAAUGCAGUG